AUGUCUAUAGCGGCAGUAGCCCACAGACAUGCAUUUGGCCUCUCAGCCCGCGUGAAAUCCAAUAUCCAUUUCGCAGACGAACAAACAGUCCUCUAUCCUGCAGGUGCAAACGUCAUCCUCUACAAUGUCGAAACCAAAGCUCAACGAUUCAUCCCCGUUGGUGAAAAGCGAUUGGGCGUAACCGCACUCGCUGUUUCGCAAUCUAAACGGUAUCUCGCUGUUGCUGAACGGGCUCCUGCGCUGGAAGAUGUGCAUCAUGGUAGUAGUGUGCCUGUUGCUGCUGGAUCUGUUAUAGGUGGUGUCAAUGGUGGGGCGAAUACGGUGCCUGAGAAGGAGGCUACGGGACCUGCGUUGGAGAUUUGGGAUUUGCAUGGGUUGAGGAGACGAAAGGUUAUGUAUGCUUCGGAGGGGUUGUCGAGAGAAAUCAUAACAUGCGCAUUCUCAUCAGACGGCAAACUCGUAGUCGCAUGUACAGGAGCACCCGACUACCAACUCUUUCUGUGGGGAUGGGAAAAACCACGUCUCUUAGCCACAACACGCGCAAUCCCCUCAGUCCACUCCAAAGAUUUACCUGCUGGUGGUGGAUCCCGUGACAACAAGACCAGUAACAUGCAUCACUCUGUUACAAACCUCGGCGCAAGAUCACCACGGGAAUCAUUCGUGGCCACUCGUACUUCUAUGCUUACUGGCAACAAUGGAAGUAAUGCUAAUUUGAAUAGUGGGAAUAAUGGUGGGACGAUGAGUGAUCGGGUUGGAGUUGCAGAGGUUGCGUUUCACCCGAAGGAUGAGAGUGUGAUUUCGGUUGUAGGGCCUGGGAUUUUGAGAUUGUUUAGGUAUUCGGAGGGGCAGUUGAAGCCUAUUGCUACGCCAAAGGUUGAUAACAAGUUAUUCUCAUGCGCAACGUGGACUCUCACCCCACACCUAAUCGUUGGCUCAGAAGACGGCCGCAUACUCGUAUUCUCCACCAUCGGUGAACUCGUAUUCGAAGUAACAAACUUCCACGGCCCCAACGCCCAGCCCAAACCCGUCACAUGUCUCCUCACAACCGCCAAAGGAAUCAUAGCAGGCGGCACAGGCGGCGCCGUAUCGGUCUACGAACGCGCAGAUGAAUCACUCGCACCCACAAACAUGAAUACAGCAACAGAUGAAACUGGAGGUGCUGAUGUCCGCAAGAUUGGUAUGCUGCCUAGUGAGAUGAAGAAAAAUAACCAGGCUGCGGCUUUGAGUAGCUCGCAGAUGGUCGAGGUGCUGAAAAAGAGCAGGGAGUUGACGUUGCCUGAUGAUGGUGCUAGGAUUUCGAAUUUGGCGUUGGGAGGGACGGAUGAUGAGUUGGUGUGUAGUACUGAUGGAGGGCAGAUGUAUGUUGUUGUUAUGGCUAGUGCUGAAAUCAAGGGUGAUGAACCAAUGUUCACAUCACUAAGUGCACCAUUACAUUCUGGAGUGAUUACCGGCAUGGACACGUGUAUACGUAAACCACUUGUCGUGACUUGUUCACCAGACAAGACUGUUCGUGUAUGGAAUUGUUUGGAGCCUGGAUCUGAACUUGUUAAGACCUUCCCUGAAGAAGCUCAUUGCGUCGCUGUACACCCAUCUGGACUGUAUGUCCUAGUCGGAUUUUCAGACAAGCUUCGUCUCUGUAACCUGUUGAUUGAUGAUGUGCGAGUGUUUCGUGAGUUUGGGAUUCGUGGAUGUCGUGAGUGUCGUUUCUCAUCAGGCGGCCACCUCUUCGCUGCAGUGCACUCCAACGUGGUCCAAAUAUACUCUACAUGGACAUUCGAACUAAUCGGCAACCUAAAAGCCCAUUCCGGAAAAGUGCGAUCUGUAUGCUGGUCGCCCGACGACUCGCGUAUCGUCACAGCAGGACAAGACGGUGCUGUAUACGAAUGGAAUCUCCGUGAAUUACUAUCACGUCAUUACAGUUCUGACCACACCAAACGGGAAGAAGCGCAAAAGGUUGCUGGGUCUGGUGUAGGUAGUGGACAACAAGAGGUUGCCAUGCUACAAGACGAUGGAGCCAAACGUGAGAGUGAGAGUGUUACGAGGGGGUGUAAUUUCACUAGUGUCGCUGCGUUCUGGGCUGAAGGUGGAAAUUCUGGAGGAUGUAGGAUGUAUGCUGUUGCUAGCGAUAAGACUCUCAAGGAAAUCACUGACUCACACAUUGUCCGUGAAACAACAUCAGACGUCGGAAUGACCCAAGUCGCGAUCUCACAUUCUGGACGAAUGAUGUUUGUUGGUACCUCAACUGGUACCAUUCGAUCCUACAAACAUCCACUAGACACCAACGAUCAGCCUGACUAUGCUGAACAUCAAGCACACGGAUCACCAGUUACACGUCUUCAAGUGUCGUACGAUGACACACACUUGUUUUCAGUUGCUGAAGAUGGAUCAUUCUACAUAUUCAAGAUUUCGGAUCGUGAAGGACGAAGUGAGAGGCCUCGUGAUGUUUUGUAUGCUGAUGAGAUCCUCGUCACAAAAUCAGACCUCGAAGAAAAGACGAUGGCCAUGCAAGAUCUCCGAUCACGAGUUGAAGAACUCAUGAUGGAAAACGAGUACCAACUACGUCUCAAGGAUUUGAAUUUCAAUGACAAGAUACGAGAAGUGACUGAAAAGUUCACUCAAGAGAUUGAAGCAUUGAAGAUUUCUGCUACUGUGCUGAGAACUGAUAAAGAAAAGGAGGAACAAAGGCACGUCGAAGAGUUAGAGGAUGAGCAGCAGAGGCAUGCGCGGGAAAUAGCUGAUAUUGAAGCAAGUCAUGCAGCACGAUUAGUGACUGAAUAUGAAAAGUAUAAUUCAUUACAAGGUCAGACUAUUGAGCAACGUACCGCAUGGGAGAAUCGAAUGAGGGAACUUCGUGAAGCUAAAGAUAAAGCUCUUCGUGAAUUGGCUGAAAGCUAUGAGCAAAAGCUCCGUGAGAGGCAGGCUGAAGUUGAUCAGCUCCAAGAAGAACAUCGAGCCCAUCUACGAAACCACGUUCUCAACACCCGCCUAACCGAAGAAGAUAUCGACACCGAACUCCUCAACCUCCGUACGAAAUACGAAUCCCGUCUACGUGAAGAACGAGAAACCGGUCUUCGUCUCAAGGGAGAGAACGGCAUCAUGCGUAAAAAGUUUGGAACCCUACAAAGUGAAAUCGAUUCCCUCCGUGCCGAAAUCGCUCGUGCCCAAGCUGAGGAAAAGAAACUCCAGGGUGUCAUCAAAUCCCUCGAACGAGAUAUCGAGGGACUCAAAAAAGAAAUCCACGAACGUGACGAAACACUAGCUGACAAAGAGCGUCGAGUGUCUGAUCUCAAGAAACGGAAUCAAGAACUCGACAAGUUUAAAUUUGUCUUGGAUUACAAGAUUCGAGAACUACGACGACAGAUUGAGCCACGUGAACGAGAUAUCCGUGGCAUGACGCAGCAAAUGAAGGAGAUGGAUGCUGAGUUGGAGCAAUACCAUCGAUCUAAUGCUGCUUUGGAGUUACAGAUUGCGGAUUUGAGGUUAAAGGCAAGAGCUGCACAAAAGGAGGUCGAGAAGGAGAGAGAGAGAGCCAUUUUGGGAGGAGCUAUCGUGUCGAGAUUUGGAGCUGAUUUGGCUGAUGCCGCUUCGCAUAUUGCUGGAGAGUAUAAUGCAAAGGCUUUGAAGUCAUCAAUCAAGAAACUCUACCAAAAGUACUGUGCACCAGUAACCCACGAAAACGCAUCCGACCUGCCCGUACCCAAGAAACGCCACCACACCAAACCAACAACAGAUUCCGACGAAACCGAAACCGAGGACGCCCAACCAGACGAAGCCGAAACCGAAAUCCUCCACGAACUCACCCGCCAACGAGACUUUCUCGAACGAACAGCCCAAAUCCUCAAAAGCCAGCUUGAAAAGGAAACGAAAUCCCGUAAACGAGAAUCCCAGAAAAUCGUGGUUGAAAACGUAGCUCUGAUUCGAGAAAUCAAUGAUCUGAGAAGAGAUUUGAAUACUGGUGCUGCCACGGAACAAAAGGUUGCUGCUGCUCAGGCACUCAAGAAACAUUCGUUUCAUCCUGGUGGUGUGAAACAGCAUGCUAGUCCCAAGAUGGUUACGAAGAUACCAUUACCUGGGUUGACUGCUCCUGCUACGAUAGCUCUUGCUGCUUCGGCUGUUAUUGCUGGACUGCCUAAUCUACCACCGCUGCCUGAUGUGCAGUCUGAGUCUCCGGAGACUGGUCAUUCGGAUGUCAAGGUACAAGAAGUGCUGCGGUCAAAGGUGGCAACACCAGCUCAGCAACCAAUAGUGGAAUCACAUCCGGUUGAGAGAGAUAUAGUGGAGAAUGUAGUAACAGCAUAG